AUGAAUUUAUUAGUAUUCAGUAUACUAAUAACUUAUAUACUGAAUAGCGUUUAUAGUGCACACAAUGGAUAUACUAAUGGAAUUGAUACAACUACCAGUCAUCAUGGUGGAGGUGGAAGUCAUGAAAGUUCUGUAGAUGUUUAUGAUAAAUAUUCCAAUGGUAAGAUAUACAGUAAUGAGUACACAAGCGAUGAUUCCAGCAAGUACACUGACGGUAAAAUCUAUGAUAAACAUGAUCAUGAAAAAGGAGACGAUAAAUAUGCUUACGGCAAAAACUAUGGAAAAAGUUACGAUAAAUAUGCUUAUGACAAGUACGGGUAUGGUAAAUAUGGAUAUGAAAAAUAUAGUUACGACAAAUAUAGUUAUGGGAAAUACGGAUAUGAAAAGGGUUACGAAAAGCAUGGAUAUGACAAAUAUGGUAAGGAUAAAUAUGGUUAUGAGAAAGGUUACGACAAAUAUGGCUCUGAUAAAUAUGGUUAUGGGAAAAGCUACGACAAGUAUGGCUCUGACAAAUAUGGUUAUGAGAAGGGUUACGACAAAUAUGGCUACGAAAAGUAUGGUUCUGACAAAAAUAGCUAUGAGGUCUACGACAAAUAUGGCUCUGAAAAAUCUGUUUACGAGAAGGGUUACGACAAAUAUGGCUCUGACAAAGAUAGUUAUGAGGUCUACGAUAAAUAUGGCUCUGACAAAAAUAGUCAUGAGAAGGUCUACGACAAGUAUGGCUCCGACAAAUAUGGUUACGAGAAGGUCUACGAUAAAUAUGGCUCUGACAAAAAUAGGCAUGAGAAGGUCUACGACACGUAUGGCUCCGAAAAAUAUGGUUACGUGGCCUACGAUAAAUAUGGCUCUGACAAAAAUAGUCAUGAGAAGGUCUACGACAAGUAUGGCUCCGACAAAGAUAGUUAUGAGGUCUACGAUAAAUAUGGCUCUGACAAAAAUAGUUAUGAGAAGGUCUACGACAAGUAUGGCUCCGACAAAUAUGGUUACGAGAAGGUCUACGAUAAAUAUGGCUCUGACAAAAAUAGUCAUGAGAAGGUCUACGACAAGUAUGGCUCUGACAAAAAUAGUUAUGAGAAGGUCUACGACAAGUAUGGCUCCGAAAAAUAUGGUUACGUGGCCUACGAUAAAUAUGGCUCUGACAAAAAUAGUCAUGAGAAGGUCUACGACAAGUAUGGCUCCGAAAAAUAUGGUUACGUGGCCUACGAUAAAUAUGGCUCUGACAAAAAUAGUCAUGAGAAGGUCUACGACAAGUAUGGCUCCGACAAAUAUGGUUAUGAGAAGAGUUACGACAAAUACGGCUACGGCAAGUAUGGCUCUGACAAAUAUGGUUACGAGAAGGGUUACGACAAGUAUGGCUCCGACAAAUAUGGUUAUGAGAAGAGUUACGACAAAUACGGCUACGGCAAGUAUGGCUCUGACAAAUAUGUUUACGAGAAGGUCUACGGCAAAUAUGGCUCUGAGAAAUAUGGUUAUGAGAAGGGUUACGACAAAUAUGGCUAUGGCAAGUAUGGCUCAGACAAAUAUGGUUACGAGAAGGGCUACGACAAAUAUGGCUAUGACAAGUACGGGUAUGACAAGUAUGGUUAUGGAAAAGAUUAUGAGAAAUACGGUUACACCAAAGAAUAUGAUUUACAACGUAAACUACAUGUGCUCAGACGUUUGAGUAUUCAAUUAUGA